AUGACCCCUUCGCCCAUGGCGUCGUCACCUAAAACAUCUGUGCAUAUGGCAAAGAAGAAGGAUAAUGAUGUCACAAUCCCGGAGAUUGUCUGGACCGAUGACUUGGUCUGGCAGCUAUUGGUGCAGAUUGAACUUUCGGAGAACAGAGUCAUGCUUCUAGGCAAAUGGAAGAAGGGCGAGAACACGUCAGGAGAUAGCAAAGUGACGGUAUAUCAGCGCAUGGCGGCUGCCGUUUUCCUGCAAUUGCACAGCCAGAAUGCUGUUGCAAUGGGGGACCGAGUCAAACGAAAGUACGAGUACUUAACGAAAAAAAUACAAGGGAUCCAAUCUGACGCGAACGGCAAUGUCUCCGACAAUGAAUUUUUCAAAUACUAUGUCCCCGCUGAUGGACCCGAUGCAACCACAACUCCGAAAGCACAGUGUAUUUGGGCCAUCACUACUGGUGUUGGCCCACAUGGCAGGAAGACUGUGCACUACCAGCCUCCGAGUGAUGAUGAAGGACCAGAACUUGCAUUGGAGAAUUUUUCGCAGAUCCAGAGCCUCCACACAGCCCUUCAGAAUGAAGCAGCACAGCGUGGAAUCUCGCCAUCUUUUGAGUCUCCUUUUGAUAAUAUCAUAGAUCCUUCUGACUUUUCUCAACCUCUUUAUGAUGUCGAUGACAAGGAGAAUGAUCCUCCUCCAUCCUUGCAGUCAACCCCUACCCCAACAACUAAGCGAGCUCCGAAAUCUUCAUCAAUGUUACAAGAUAGUCUCACCAAAGUGAGACAAUGGAUCUCCAAGGUGCCGAAGAAGUGGACCCUUGAUGAGACACUCAUUGACAUGCAGAAGGCCAGUUUAGAUGCUAUCAAUGCUCGUGCUACAGCAGAGAGGAAGCUUCAAGAGCGCCAACUGCUGCUCAAAGAGUUCGAGGCCGGAAUUUGGGAUGUUGACGAGUAUUGUGAAAAGCUAUGUGAACUGAUGCAUGACAAGGCUGAGCCUGUGAAGCGUGCUCGUUACUCUCCAGAUUGGCCAGAUUUUGAUUAG